AUGUCCAGCCUACUAUCUUCGUACGAGAGUGAAUUCAAGUCACUAUAUGAACAGACAAAACUGAUUCUUGAACAAGCUUCGUCUCUGAACACGUCGAAGAAUGAGAGAAAUUUGCAAUUGUCGACCGUUGAACAGAACAAAGACGAGUUGUUAGAGCUUAUUGAGUCCAUGGACGUGGAAGUGAACAAUCUGGGAAAUACAACAGAACGUAAUAGUUUCAAAUCAAAACUUCGCGAGUACAAGAAACAAGUUCAACUGGAAAUCAGCCAAAAUUUAACCAAAUUGAUCGAUUCAAGGGAUAGAGACAAUUUGUUUGGUGACCAGGCUUCCAGCGCAUUGAAUGAGGAACAGAGACAGCAAUUGCUCUCCAACCAUGCUAUCUUGAGUAAGACUGGAGAAAGAUUGCAAGAUGCAAACAGAAUAGCCAACGAGACGGAAUCUGUUGGUGCACAGAUAAUGAUGGAUUUAAGAUCACAGAGAGAAACGCUAGAAAAUUCAAGAAACACUCUAUUUCAAGCGGACUCGUACGUGGACAAGUCUAUCACCACGUUGAAGACAAUGAGUAGACGUCUCAUUGCCAACAAAUUCAUCAGCUAUGCCAUCAUUGCCGUUUUGAUCUUACUAAUCUUACUGGUUUUAUUCUCAAAAUUCCAUUGA